AUGGAUUCUUUCAAUUUAAUGGAUUUCAAAUCCCAUAAAUUGCCAGCCAUUCGUAUGGACACGGAAACUGAUGAAGCCCACCAAAUGCCCGAAGUUGAAAAAUGGUUUGAGAAAGCAUUAAACCUACCAAGAGGUUUUUAUGUGAAAGAUGUCCAUACGCAGAUUCAAGAACGACAUUUAAAAAGUUUCAAUAUCACUUUACAGGGCGGUACCGAUAUUUCCAUUGGAGCAAGUUAUAACGACUGUGUUUGGAUUGAAACUAAGAAAAAGAAGGAUGAUUCUAAAGAGGGUCAAGCUAUCGGAGAAUUAUUCAUACUUGAUAAGAGAUCUGUUACAAAUUCUAUGUCUGUCUUAACUGAUUGCAAUGACAAUUGGUCUAUUUACUUUUUUAUGCAGACAAAGAAACGCCAAUAUUUAACAUCAUCUAAAAUUAAUGAUCGCAGUAUUGCUUUGGCAAUAAUUAGAGAGUUUGCGCUUGAUGAAGGGAAUUUUCUUCACGGUGAAAUGGGAAAACAUGUUACAUAUCAAGUAAAUUUACCCGAACCACUUAAAAAGAAAUCAAGAUUUCUUGAACCUAUACCCGAAGAGGUUGAUGACAGAAUGGCUGAUCUAAUCGAUUAUGUGACCGAAAAGGAAUUAUUUAACAUGUCGAUGCGCAGAAGAUUAAAAAUAGCAAAAAGUAUUGUUAGUAUAGAAGAACAACCGGCUAUAGAUCUGUUGAUUAGGCAGUUUAGUGAUGUGAUGAUUAUGAGGAUCCGCCACCAUCAAUGA